AUGGAUAUCGUUGACACAGAGGCAACAAAGAGCGAUCGGCAAUCUGCAUCGGAUGCCGCGUAUGAAAUAUCCCAGGACAACAAUAGAUUGGCCGAGUCGACGGACACCGAACUAGCGGACGACGAAGACGGUUUUGUUCUCCCUUCCCGGGAACAGGAACGACGAAGGGCAGAUCUGACCAUGGACGGUUCGGGGAGGGCUGGCUGGGAACCCUGUUGCGCUGUUUCCUCUGCCGGCAUUUACCAUUUUCCUUGUCGGGAUGACCUGGUUAGGCUUAUCGAUGCUUGCAUCUCUGCGGCUCUCGAGAAGUUGUUGCGUCCCCCUGCUCCAGAGGAUGCUGACGCCGCCCCGUAUCCAGUUGGUGCUUCCCCUCCCCCUACUGUCCCUUCUGCUCCUAGCUCUCUUUCUGCUGCCGCCUCCGGUUGCACUACCCCUGCUGUAUGCCCUCCUCUGCCUCCUCCUUCGCUUCCCCCUGUUUUCCACGAGCCUCCUCCUGAGCCCAUGGUGAGGUCUGCUUCGCAAGACUGUCCUUCUGCCAAGAGUGUUGGUGUGCCCUCACCUCCUUCUCCUUCUCACCACAAAAAGGCCUGCCAAGUCCCCAAGGACCUUCUGGCUCAAAUUGUCAAGUCGAGUAUUGCUUCUGAUGGUCCUCCUUAA